AUGAACUCCAUUCAAUUGCUCGCAGCAGUCUUCGUGCUUGGGCUUGUGCAGCUGGCCAGCGGACAGAUUGUCUCGCCCGGACAAUGCCAGGACUUUCCGGUGCACGUGAACUUUGACGUGGCCCGGUACCUGGGCUUGUGGUACGAGAUCCGCCGCUACGAGCAGGUGUUCCAGCUUGGUGGUGAAUGUGUUACGGCCGAGUACUCGCUGAACGACGAUGGCAGUGUGCGUGUGUUCAACUCGAUGGUGGUGCCACCGGCGCAGGUCCGAUCGGCCGACACUGGCCGGGCCGUGAUUGCCUUCCCCGAUGAGUCCCCGCUGGAGGCUAAGCUGAACGUUACGUUCGAUGCCGCUGCCGUCGAUGUUUCGGCCAACUACUGGGUUCUUGGCACAGACUAUGACAGCUAUGCCGUCGUUUGGGGUUGCUUCGGAGUGGGCACUACACUGCGUGCCGAAAGUGCCUGGGUGCUGUCCCGUACGCCCCAGCUGUCCGCCCAGGCUGAGGCCGAAGUACAGCGGUACGUCGAUGAGUUCCUGAUCGAAGCCGAUCUUCGUACCACCAGACAGGAUGACACGUUCUGCUGCUCGGUUGAUCCGGAAAACACCGCAUACCCACCGUGCUAG